AUCUAGCCUUCUUGGGACAUACUCCGAUGAGUUUGGAAAACUGGAUUUCAAUAGAUCUCAGCACGGCUCAGGAAUGAGUAAUCGAUCUCAAGCAAAGAAAUUUGUUUCUGCUCUUAACAGAAUUGCAGAACAGACUUACAAUAACCUGUUUGAUUAUCAACAGCUUCGGCAGAUUGCCAAGGAAUUGCAGAUCCAGGUUUCUGACUUUGAAGGUUUUGUGAACUCACUGAACGAUCAAGGCUACCUUUUAAAAAAAGGACCCAAAGUUUAUCAGCUUCAGACUAUGUAA